AUGUCACUAAUUUCUGCGUUAUCUCACAGUACUACCAAAUUGUGUGCGCCUCAGGAUGCAGCAACCGAUCUACAUUAUGGUAGGAAAGACGGAGGUUCAGUUACUUCAGAAACCGUUACAGAGUCCUCAUCAGAUACAUCUGGUCCAAUGAAUCUACAUACAGCUUAUUCAUUUAAUAAUAAAAGUGGUAGAUUAAAUUGCGAAUCUUAUGAAGCUCUUUUUGUUGGAGAUUUAGACCCUCAAAUUACAGAGAGUCAUUUAACUAAAAUAUUUUCCAAAUAUUCAUCUUUUAUAUCUACAAAAAUCUGUAUGAAUAAAUUUACCAAACUUUCUUUGGGUCAUGGAUAUUUAAACUUUGGAAGUAAAAAUGAUGCUGAGUUAGCUAUGGAAGAAUUGAAUUACACAAAAAUUAUGUCGAAAGAAAUUAGGUUAAUGCCCUCUAUGAGAGAUAUAAAAAACAGAACAACCAUAGGCACAACCGUAUUAUUUUCGAAUAUCCGUCCUUGUGGAUUUAAUCUAACAACUAGAAUAUUUUUUGAAACGUUUCGCAAAUAUGGUAAAAUAUUGUCAUGUAAAUUAGAAAAUCAAAAUAAUAAAGCAUUUGUUACUUAUUUUAAUGAAGAAGAUGCAAAAAAUGUUGUUAAUUCCUUCGAUGGUGUUUCAUUAGAAGGUCAGAAACUGGGUUGUUCAAUAUUUACAGAAAAAUAUUUAAGAAAUAAAGAAGAAGUUCCAGUCGUGACACCUAGCGCUAACUUUAAAAAAGAGAUUAUUAUUGAUCCUGUUACAAGAGGUAUUUCACUUCAAAAUAAAAAAGAAUCAGUCACAGAAAGGGUAAUGACACCAAUUCAUACUUCCAAAGAAAAUUCUUCAUCCGCGGCCAGUAAGACAGCAGAAUCUCAAUUUUACACUGUAGUUAUUAAGAAUUUCCCUUUAAGUUUGACAGAAGAAAGUCUCCCUAGUAUGUUACGUACUUAUAAAGAACUUUCAAUUGCACCAAAGAUUAGACAAAGACAAAGUUGGAUAUUUGUUAGAAAUAUUUCUACUGAUCAUAAGGACAUAUUAAUUAAAACUUUUAAUAAUGAGAAAUUUUUCAACAAAACGUUAAUUGCCCAAUGUUUUAUUGUGAAAAAAAGAUCGAAUCACUUAAAACUUAAUAAUUCUGUUCUUUUAACUAAUUUAUGCAUUCUGUGCAAUAAGACUUUUUUGAAACAUAUCUGUUUACAAGAAGACAUAAAUUAUACAAGUAUUAAAAUUGAAUCCUAUCAAAAAGAAUCGAUUACUUUCAACGGCGUCAUUAAUUGCAGAACUUUCCAAGAUGCAACGCAACUCAUAAAUUAUAUGAACAACAGAUUAAUAGGUGGCAUGUUAGUCAAAGCUGCAUUAAAAGAGUGA